GCUCAAAGCGGUCGCCACCCGACCCACGGAUCCCAACCCCGACGAGAUGACAGACCUCGAGGAGUUGGAACAGUUCGCCAAGACUUUCAAACAGCGACGGAUCAAAUUAGGCUUCACUCAGGGAGACGUAGGCCUAGCGAUGGGUAAACUAUACGGCAAUGACUUCAGUCAGACCACGAUAUCCCGUUUCGAGGCGUUGAACCUAUCGUUCAAAAACAUGUGUAAAUUGAAACCAUUGCUCCAGAGGUGGCUCGAGGACGCCGACGCCUCCCUCAACAACCCCACGGCGCUGUCCAGCAGUCACUCGACGCCGGAGUCCAUCAGCGGUCGGCGGCGUAAGAAACGCACGUCCAUUGAGACGACAGUCCGCGUAUCCCUCGAACGGGCGUUCCUCCAGAACCCCAAACCCACGUCCGAAGAGAUCAGUCUCCUGUCGGACAACCUGAUGAUGGAGAAGGAGGUGGUGAGG